AUACUUGUUUCAGAUGAACGAGAGCCACAAAUUAACCUACACGAAGCCUAUAAACACGUGAGCACUAUCUUGUUUUUCAUUGGCUACCCUCGCAGUCGCCACAGUCUCCUCGGGUCUUUGUUGGACGCCCAUCCACACAUAGUCGUUUCAGACGAGACGAUGGCUUUUCCAAGAUGGCGGCGAAAUCCAAAACAGUGGAUGAAUGGUUCGAUAUACUCCUUUUAUGAUACGCUGUUUAGGGCGUCGAAGCAGUCUACGAUGACGGGGAGACGAUCUCGUGUGUUCGAAGGAAGCGUUGUUAACAAGGAUUCUAAUUAUGGUUAUUCUGUACCUAAUCAAUGGCAGGGGAAUUACGAUCGGUACAUUCAGGUAGGAACUUUUCCAGCCCCCCACGGAUAUAUACGUGCAGAUCAUGCAAUGGCGGAUCAAUGGGAGGCGCCUUGCAGGCCCCCUUCCCCGCAGCUUUUAAGGUCAAACUAAGGCCCACGAGUGGAGCUCCGCUCAAAGAGCAAAAAUCUUUUAGUGUCCUUUCGCUUUAUGAACUCUCAAUGAAUAUCAGCCAUUCAAUACUAAAACAGUCCACAUACUGAGCCCAGGCGCUUAUAUGAAACUUAAUCAUUCUCCAAUCGACAGGUGAUCGGUGACAAGUCGGGCGCAUUUACUGCUGGGGCAAUGCUUCAGGAUGACGCAAUUGAUGCUUUGCAUCUCUUGGAAAAAGCCUCCAACGCCAAAGUAAAGUUUGUUCAUGUGGUGAGAAAUCCAUUCGAUAAUCUCGCAACCAUGACUUUGGAACACAGUACCGUCAGAAUGCGAAACGGUAAACACGAUUCAAAGGUAUGAUCGAUCGGGGAUGGGAAGAGAGGGGGCUGGCAAUAAGUUUAUACAGUGAAACUUCUAUCCGGCGGACACCUUCGGAAACUUCCCAAGUGUCCGCUUAAUAGAGGUUUGUAAACAUUACGCAAUGUUUGUUAAUGAUUAACGUUCAACGGUUAUUUUGUACUGUAAUAAAGUUCCAUAUUGUUAACCCAUUCGCCCCUGAGCCGCAGAUAACCGCCCGUGAGGAUCGACGUGCCUUCUACCGCUUAUGACGUCAUCAGUUUUAAUACUCAAGGACAAGUUUGUCCGAUAACUUGUGCAGAGUGAAGCGAUCUUUCAGACCAUACCAAAAUGAGCACAAUUCAGUCAAGGACACCGGUCCGGGAGAGAAAGGCAAAAAAAACAUGUAACGUUUACCCGAAAAGUGUCAAAAAAAUCUUGUUCCACUACUCAUCUACAUUUCCUUUCAUUCCUAAGAUCCUAAAAUUUUUUCCCACCAAAAUGAAGCCUUUUAAUAUAAAUGCCCAGCAAAAGGAGAAAAAAAAAACGAGGCAAGAAAAGCGAAAAAAGAGGGGAGAGAGAAAGCCGAAAGUAAAAGUCAAGACUGCUGUGUCACUUUUAAACCCAAAAACUCGAAAUUUUUGCUUUCUGCGCAUUCGUGGAUCAGAGGACGGCGAAGUGUACGACCUGUAAACGACUUCUUUUAGCUCUUGAUAGAACGACAGUGACCACAAAACCGCUCGACUAGUUUCAAAACGCCCGGCUGACACCCACAGGCUAUAUUCAAUUCCCAUACCCGUCAUUUUUUUAGCAGCGAAUGUGAUAAGUGAACACAGGGCCGAUAGAGUACUAAAGUGUGACGUCAUAAAAAUGAAAUUUCUGAAAUUAUGGGAUUUGUCAGGAUAUUCUGAAAGAAAAAUGUCCAAGAGGCCUACUUGCCAAAAAUGGGCAUUUCGGGGCAAAUUGGGUCGACCCCCCCCAUAUAACUGGGCUACGAUCUCAGAGACAAUUUGCCCCGAAAUGCUCAUUUUUGGCAAGUAGGCCUCUUGGACAUUGUUCUUUCAGAAUAUCCUGACAAAUCCCAUAAUUUCAGAAAUUUCAUUUUUAUGACGACAUCACUUUAGUACUCUAUUAACUAUUAAGCUAUUAUUGUCAUUAUUGAGCAGCUUGGUGGUUUGAUUGGAUGACUCUUAUCAACCUCAUUCUCUCUUGCUCUUAUCAUAGUUAUUAGGGGAGUUAUUAGGCAACAAACAUCAAAUAAAAAACCACAGUGCUGCAGUUUAUGUUGGAAACUCCCUGAAGGUGCACAAUCCUUUGUAUUCUGUUGGCAAAUUGCAACGGAAUAAAUUAAUGGGACGUUUUUAUUGGUCAGUAAGAUCAAAAUGCCGGGAAUGCUAUUGAACGUUGUGCACCGUCAAGUCCACAAAAACAAGUCAUAUAACAAAGGAGUCUGAAGGGGUUUCAUAAUCAUUUCAGUCUAUUAACUAUGCUCUUAUAGAUUCAAACACUGUUUUUUCCAAUAAUUUUUUCUCCACAGGUAAAUGCCCCUCAAACUUUAGACGACCAAAUAACUCGGUAUUUUCACUGGGCGGCGGGAUGUAAAAAGACUCGAGAGGCUUUCCCUGAAAAGGUGAUUGACAUCCCAAGCAUGAAACUAGUAAAGCAACCAUCGGAUGUCUUGAGAAAGAUAUGCACUUUUUUGGAAAUCACGUGUUCACAGGAUUAUAUCCAAGACUGCGCCAGCACUGUAGACCCAAUUCCAUCGAUAACUAGAGAUUACGUAGAAUGGACAGAGCGGCAGAAAAAGAGAGUGUAUGAUCAAAUGAAACAGUUUCCAUUUUUUGAUGGCUAUUCUUACGAGCAAUAA